CACACAGAGUUACCAUCUUCCCUCCUACACUCGAUCAAACCCCCCACAGGUUAAACUCACUCCUUUCCAAGUUUUCCAGAAAAAGAAAGCCCUCCCCUCCCCUCCCCUCCCCAGGUCUGUCUAAGCUAAUUUCGCCAUGGAUCCUCAGCAGCAGCGGAGAACUGAAACCGGUCCCCGUCCUCCCGUCGGUGAACCCGGCGGCGACCUCACUUCGAUUUUCAUCGCGUUCGGUGUUUUCAUCGCAAUCGCCGCUUUGGUCAUGUCCCCUUCAUCGCUGGUGCACCAAGUCCCUGAAGGUCACGUUGGAGCUUAUUGGAGAGGUGGUGCUCUUCUCAACAUCAUCACAGAGCCUGGUUUUCAUUUGAAGCUGCCUUUCAUUACCAACUACGAGCCUGUUCAAGUUACUCUCCAAACAGAUCAAGUGAAGGAUAUACCAUGUGGUACCAAAGGAGGUGUCAUGAUUACCUUUGAGAAGAUUGAAGUUGUUAAUCGUCUGCGUAAGGAUUAUGUCUAUGACACUUUGCUCAACUACGGUGUGGACUAUGAUAACACAUGGAUAUAUGACAAGAUUCACCACGAGAUCAACCAGUUCUGCAGCUCUCAUUCGCUUCAGCAAGUCUACAUUGACAUCUUUGACCAGAUUGAUGAACGAAUGAAAGAGGCGCUUCAGGCUGAUUGCACACGUUAUGCUCCAGGAAUUGAGAUUAUUAGUGUGCGUGUCACUAAGCCUAAAAUUCCAGAGAGUGUGAGGCGCAACUUUGAGCAGAUGGAAGAGGAACGCACUAAGGUUUUGAUUGCUAUUGAGAAACAAAGAGUUGCUGAGAAAGAGGCAGAGACAAAGAAGAUAAUGGCCAUUAGUGAAGCCGAGAAGAAUGCCAAUGUUAGUAAGAUUCUGAUGGAGCAGAAGCUGACUGAGAAAGACAGCGCACGGAGGGAAGCAGAUAUCGAGAAUCAGAUGUAUCUUGAUCGUCAAAAGAGUCUUGCCGAUGCUGAUUACUACCGUGUACUGAAAGAAGCUGAAGCAAACAAGUUGAAGCUCACUCCUGAAUUUCUCGAACUUAAAUUCAUCGAUGCCAUUGCACGCAACACCAAAAUGUUCUUCGGUGACAAGGUACCUAACAUGGUGUUGGAUCAAAGGCUGCUUGGGAACUUCCUCAAUCACUCGACUAAAGACAAAUCUAAUGAUGGGAACUCGGAAAGGGCCACUGAUUCUGAUUCAUAGAACAUGUUCAGUCCCCACCAAGGAAAACAAAAACUUUCUUUUGUUAUUGCUUAUUACUGAAAACUUGGACGCUUCUCUUGUGGCGAUCAUUUUACUGCAACGUAAUCUCUUAAAUAAACAUGUUUUCUUUUGUUCGAAAAUCUAUCUCUUUGGUACUAAGACCAGCUCUAGCUU